ACCCUAAUCGGCGAAGGGGAGGGGAGGUGAGAAAGAACUGAAUAGAAUAGAAUGGCGGUUUUCAACGUGGUACAGAAGAGGCGGAGAGCCGCCAUCGCAGAGCGUAAAAGAGCGGUGCACGGUGAUCCUGCUACCGGAAAGCUCAAGCACAAGCCCCAAAACACCACUCUUUCCGGCAAGCGUAAGCGCAAGCUCAUGAAGAAAUGGCGCCGGGACCAGAAGGAGGCUAUGGAAAAGGGGCUUAUUACCAUGGAAGAUAUUGAGAUGGCUGUUGCAGACGGAUCAGGGACAUCAUCUCAACAAACCACUACAAAAAUCCACCUGAAAAAGAGUUUGAAGAUUAGAACAAAGCGAUCAAACAAGAAAGACAAAAAAGGUAAAAAGAAAGGAACAUCCUCUGCCUCAUCAGAUGUGAUGAUGGAGUGAUCGAUCAAUUACAACUUCUUACUCUUUCUUUGCUUGAUUAUUUAGCUACCCCAACUUCUUUAUUGUCUUUCAAAACUUCUUUAUUUACAAGUUAAAUCAAAUAUAUUUUCAUUUAUGAAAUUUUCUCA